UGGCGCCCGCAGUUUGACAAUAAGGAGAGCGUGGGCUAUUCCGGUCAACCUCGUGGGGGUGGGGAUCAGUGAGGUUAAAACCAUAUUGUGGCGUAGACUUUGUAUAGUCGUCGUUACCGAGUGUGCAUUGUGGGUUACAUUCGUAUACACUACCGAGUGUAAAGAGCCGACUUGGAAUCCGGCCCUAGCAGGUGCACAACUUGGGGUGUCUGUGUAGUUGGGAGUUGUUGGGGAAGCUUUCAAAGUAUAAGAACAGGAUUUGUGAGGUGGGCGUGGUGUGUGUGUGUGUGUGUGUGUUUGCAAGUCCUGGUGGUAGUGUUGGGCAAGCAUGGCAGUCCCUUCAUCCAAGCUGCCGUUGAAGGCGAUUCCUGGAGACUAUGGAGUCCCCUACUUCGGUGCCAUAAAGGAUCGACUAGACUACUUUUGGUUGCAGGGGGAGGAGCAGUUUUACCGAAGCCGGAUGGCCAAGUACAAUAGCACGGUGUUUCGUGUCAACAUGCCGCCUGGCCCUCCAAUUUCCGAACACCCUCAAGUCAUCUGCCUCUUGGAUCAGAAAAGCUUUCCAAUUCUGUUCGACGUUAGCAAGGUUGAGAAAAAGGACGUGUUCACAGGAACAUACAUGCCGAGUGUGAGCUUCACCAGCGGGUACCGCGUUUGCUCCUACUUGGAUCCCUCUGAGGAACGCCACACGAAGCUCAAGCAAUGGUGCUUUGAAGUCAUUGCGAUGAACGGGCGGAACUUUCUUCCCGAGUUUCACAAGUCGAUUGAAGAGUCGAUGGUGCUCUGGGAGACGAGUCUGGCCAAGGGCGAGAAGACUAGCGUAUCGGAUGAGGUGAAACAGUUCGCGUUUAAUUUCCUGAUGCGCGCUGUAUGCCAUCACGACCCCGCUGCGCCUGGAGAAUACAGCUUAGGGCGUAAUGGUGGCCCGUAUGCAACCGCCUGGGCAAAUCCCCAGCUCGCUCCGAUUGCAGGACAGACGGGUCUCCCCCAUGUCGUGGAGGAGCUCGUGUUACACACCGUCCCACUCCCCUCUGCCCUGGUCAAGAAGAACUACGAUGCCCUCUACAAUUUCAUCAAAAACUACGCCACCGAGGCGCUGGAUAGGGCUGAAGCUAUGGGCAUCGAGCGCAAUGACGCCACUGCCAACCUGCUGUUCUUCCUUUGCUUUAACGCCUACGGCGGAUUCAACAUCUUCUUCCCCCUCAUCACUAUCCUCAUUUCUUCAUGCGGUCCGGAGCUCAUGCACGAUCUCCACGACGAAGUCACCAAGGCCGUCGCCGCCACAGAUGGGAAAGUCACUCUUCAAUCCAUCGAGAACAUGCCAUUGGUGAAGUCCGUCGUCUACGAAGCUUUCCGAUUCAAGCCCCCAGUGCCAUACCAAUACGGCAAGGCCAAGUUCGACUUCACCAUAGAGAACCACGAAAACUCCUUCGAGGUCAAGAAGGGAGAAAUGCUGUAUGGUUAUCAACCUAUCGUGAUGCACGACCCCAAGGUCUUCUCGGACCCAGAUCAGUUUCUACCUCGACGAUUCAUGGGCCCCGACGGCGAGAAGCUCAUCAAAUACAUCUUCUGGUCCAAUGGUUACGAGACUGACAAGCCGACUACCGCAAACAAGCAGUGCGCCGGAAAGGACUUGGUGGUCACAAUGGCGCGAGCAUUCGUCGCAGAAAUGUUCUUGAGAUAUAAAGAGUAUACCCUGACCAUGGAGGGCGCAGGAAAUGCGACCAAGGUUUUCUUUUCCGAUCUCAAAAAGUGAGGAGUUCGUCUCCGAGAACAGCUCUAGGACUUGUAUAUAGGGAGCACCCAAGACAUAGCCAAACCCUGUGCAUCUGUCGCCUACUUCAGAUUGUCCGUUUCGUUGCUGUGACUAAAGUUAGAAGGACCUGUAUGCCGAGAUGUGAGGACUAGUUGUCCCACUCUCAGUUCAUCAACUUCCAGAGCUUUUGUAAUUUUGCAUUCGAGAUUUUCGAAUGCCCGGGUGAGAAAUGGAUUCAUUUCUGCGGCGAGAGCUUGGAGUUGUUGGCGCGCAACUUUCUGGUGCGGCAUGGCCACCAAUCGAUCUCCAAGUGUUUGCGUUAUAUAAUCAGAACUAGGGCUAUCUGUUCAAAAUUUUAAGAGAACGCUCUGAUAUCGUAUAGUUUGUAAUUAGUUUCAGAUUCCAAGCACCCUUUCUUUUCUUUUUGUUUCUCCUGCUUUUUCAUGCAUUCCUGCAAUUAUGUCCGUUUUCGCGAGGUCUCUCUCCUACAUCCAGCUUUUGCAAAAAUAAAACUCUCUUCGGCUUGGAAGCUGAACAAAUGAAAAGCUGUAAUGUCACUCUGUAUAAUCUCUUUGGAGAAACGUGGUUUUUCUGAGUCAAA